AUGCCUGACCAAACAAAUGCCUCUAAGAAAAAGUCUCAACAACUGAAAAGAAACCGAAAAAGAAAAAUUUAUGAGGAAGACGAGUUGUCAGAGAACGAGGUUAGAAAUAUAGUAAGAAAACAACAACCAGAGCAUCUUUCCUCUGAAGGGAAAACAAAAGAUACUAAUCUAAAACAGAUCAGGAUAGCGCCCAACAAGAGAAAAACCUGGAAACCCCUUUCAAAGACAAAUAGAGAACAGCUGCAAACUAUGAUGGAGUCAAUAAUAAUAACAAUUUUGAGUCACACUAUGGAAGAAAAUGAAAAAAUUCAGUACCAUCUUAACUUCCUGAAAAAAAGAUUGCUGCAAUUGUGUGAAACCCUGAAAGUCCCUCCCAGAAAUUUGAAAAAUAUAACUGAUGUGUCAAGUCUACUGAAAAUGGAAAAAGAACAGCACAGAGCUAAUGAAGAAGGACUGGCGUUAUUGCAAGAAGAAGUAGAUAAAAUGGUAGAGACUACAGAGUCAGUAACCAGGAAUAUUCAGAGCCUACAGCACAAAAUUCAAAUUAUCACAACUGAACUGGAAGAAGAAGAGGAGAAAGCAAAAGAGAUACUUCAUAUAGAUCAUCAUGGGAUACUUUGUCUUCCAGAACUUCCUCAGGAGAGUCUCAAAGCACCUAUACUUCAGGAAGAAAUUUUGGCACUAGUUCCAAAUAAGAAUGCUCUUCUAAAGGACUUGGAAACUCUUCAUAAAUCAACCCAGAUGAAGAACAUGUUAACCUUUAUCGAAGAAACCUAUAACAAACUAGAUGCCUCUUGA